CCCCCACCCGCCUCGCUCUGCCGACGCUAAAGUGACUGCUGGGAGAAAGAAAAAAAAAAAGAAGAAAAAAACAAAGGCAGAGAACCGCGGCUGGGAAAUGUCAUCAGUCAUCUUUAAUGGAGGAAAACAGACUUGAAACAAUCAAUGGAGUCAUGCUGCAGGAGGGCUGCCGCCGCCGCUGAGCGUCUGUGAGCAACAAACAGUGACUGACUGGAUCGGCUUGUGAGAAUCCACAGGUUCCUCCUCCUCCUCCUCCUCUUCUUCUUCCUCCUCCUCCUCCUCGCUUGUUUUUUUUUUUUCUUUUUUCUUUUUGUCUUCUUUUCUGGAAGGAUCCGGAGUGGAUGACAGCAGUUCGGGACGAGGAACUAUUUUAUGUAUUCCGCCGAGUGGAGGGGAUGGUGAAGUUGAGAUCCGUCUAGAUAGAUGAUGACUGGCGCGUCAAGAAGGGGGGAUAGCAGGAAGGCUCCUGUUUAUGGAUGAGCGGGUGACGACUUCCGCAACUCUUUCUAUAGUUUGAAAUCGUGCCAUUCUUAAAAGAAAAAAAAAAUCUUUUUUCUUUUUUUCUUUUUUUUUUCUUUUUUCUGAAGAAGAAGACAGUUUGGGGAUUUUCAGUCGCACCUGCGCGCUCAUCCGCCGAGGAGAGGCGCUGUCCGUGGUCCUGAAGUCAUCUCAGCACCUCCUCCUCUCCUGUCUCACUCCUGACACAACUUCAAGGGUCACUCCUGCAAGUCAGAGGGACACUGUCCACCAGCAGCCCCAAGAAAGAGCCUAAUAUGAUAACUCACACCAGAGUUCAUCUGCAAACUUUGGUGCUUUUGUUUUUUGCAGUCCACCUGAGCCAGCCAGUAUGUGUGGAAGUCCCGUCGGCUACAGAGGCGGUCCUGGGGAAACCCAUGAUGCUGACCUGCAUCGCCUGUUUGAGGAGGGAGGAGAUCAAACCCAAGACGACCGUGCAGUGGUUCUUCAUGCCGAACACAGACGACAUCGCAGAGGACAAGACUCCUAUAUACAAGUACGUGGACGAAUCCCCGAUUGAGUUGGACGGACCAUUUAAGGGCCGUCUGACCUGGAGAGGGAGCCAGGACCUGCAGGACGUCUCCAUCGAAAUCAAAAAUGUCACCUUCAACGACAGCGGCGUCUACGAGUGCAUCGUACUUCGAGAGUUUGAGUUUGACUUCUUCACUCCGUCAGUCUCCGUCUCCAAGGACAUCAAGCUGAGGGUGAUAGAGAAAGCCAGCACAGACACCACGGCGCUCUACUCUGAGAUCAUGAUGUAUGUGCUGCUGGUGUUCCUGACCUUCUGGCUGCUGGUAGAAAUGGUCUACUGCUACAGGAAGAUCUCCAAGUCCGAUGAGCAGACGCAGGACACAGCGACAAACUACCUAGCCAUUCCCUCUGAGCGGAAACCCCCUCCAGCCACUCCUGUUACCGAAUAAAAGAGGUUUUCAGUGACACGGUAUUAACCAAUCACGCUGGGACUUCGGUGUCAUCUGACAAAAAUAGGGCAUAGAUUCCACAUCUCUCAUCUGUGCCCCUGAUGAGGGUAUCAUUGCUCCCAAGACGGUCCGACCAACCCUCCCCAGUCUGUCAACUGCGUCUUGUGAAAAGCCCGUCGGAAACGUCCCCGUGCUCAGUUUUUUUCUCCUCCUCGCCCUGUUGUUGUUUUUUUGUUAUGUUUUACCUACGUGCCACUCAUCUGAAAUCAAGUGCUUUCGCAAAUACAGCAGGUUAAAAAAACAUAACAUAACAAUCAUGUCAGCGUCUUGCACUUAUUACCAGAUAAAUACCAGCCUAACUGCUUUAUUUGGAGUUACGGAUAUUUUCUUCGUAGUCAGUGGUGCCGCCGUGAUUUGUAACCUAUAAACAGAAAACACCCAAGUGAAGUCGCCGUCCUGCUGCUCUCGAGGCUGUUAUUAUAUACAACCUAUAUACCGACUGUGUUGUAUGUUUUAGUUUAGUCGUUUUAUUACAAUUUUAUAGACCACGCUGAGACUUUACGUCACAGUUUCGUUUGUAUCUCUUUUUGAUGUCUUUUUAAUGAAAAUGGAUUGCGAUCGCUUUUAUACUGUGCGGAUGUGCAUUUCUCCCAGUUUUGCUGUGUGCCAUCUGUGAAACCACGGUGUUAAUGGAAAAUAUACAAAAACAGAUGAAUUGAGUCACUUUUUCAAUUUCAGUUGAUCUAUAUUCAUCUAGGCGCCUUUUCCUCUACUCUCCUCUGUAUGAAUUGUUGAUCCGUGUUCAGCACUGAGGUCAAUUAAUAGGUCUUACUGCAUACCCUUACUCUAAACAUUACUCUUAAGCUUCGACUGUUGCUAUCAAGACUAAAUGUGUGCCUCUUUCUAUAGUACAACACUGUAGAGUUGUACAUAUUUAUAUCUAUAUAUAUUGUGACUCAAUCAUACCACACUGUUCUUUGUCUAUAUAUCUCCUGUGAGAGUGAGCUGCUUCUGAUCUAUUAAAUACAAUGCAUUCCA